ACUGCCACAAAGCCUUUGCAUUGGUUGUGCGGCCGCCGACGGAGCAAAGCAAUCUAUUGUUCACUUUUCAAAUAACAACGGAAGAACCUCUCAAGGAGGAUUGGCUGAAGAUGCUGUGUCGGCAUGUAGCAAACACAAUAUGCAAAGCAGAUGCUGAAAAUCUUAUUUAUGCCACUGAUCCUGAUUCUAUUGAAGUAAACACGAAAGAUGUGGAUAGUACAUUGAGGAGAGCAUCACGGGCCAUAAAGAAAACCUCGAAGAAGGUUACCCGAGCGUUCUCUUUUUCCAAGACCCCAAAGAGAGCGCUUCGGAGAGCUUUGAUAGCCCACAACAGCGUAGACGGAAAGAAUUUCUGCACCACCAGUGAAAGCUUUUCAGGGAGCCGCCUUGCCAGUACUUCAUCUUUAGCGAUGAUGCGUACUGCUUCUACAUACAGCUUAAAUGGACCAAUUAAACACUCCCUUAACAUACAACGUUCCAACUCUAUUGACGGGACCUCCCAAAAUAUUAGAUCUCGACCUCUAGUCCGUUCUUCCCAUGAUCUAGAAGGACGAAUGGCUUCCAGCUCUCAAAACCUAAAGAGCUGCUCUCUGACCAGUUGUUAUCCAAUCACCAGCAGUGAUGAAGUUUAA